ACCAUGACCACCAUGCAACCGACUUCAACAGCAGAAGAACAAGUGGAUACUUCAGCUUACAAAGCGGCCGAAGGUGAGGAAGGUUUACAGGACUCCGUGAAGUCCAAAAAGUCCAAAAAGCCGAAAAACCCGCAAGAGCCUACCUGGAAAACCAAGGGAGAGGAUGGGACGGUUUUCGUUGCAGAAGGGAAAGCGACCAUAAAAUUCCCUUCAGAUAACUCUGUGUUUUACAACCCUGUCCAGGAAUACAACCGCGAUACUUCCAUAGCCGCAAUCAGCACUUGGAGCAAAAUGUUCUUUAAAGAACGAGUAGAGACCGCAGGGCGACGAAGAAAGGUCAAGCAACCGUCAGCACCAUCAGGGAGAGAAGACGGUGACAAGAACGAGAGAAAUGAACCAACAAGCCCCCAGAAGAGUGCUAUACCUGCCGUUUUUAAUGGUUACAUUGAGGAACACGAAGAUAUCAAAAUGGAAGAUUUGGAUGAUAUAGAUUUAAGUCAACCGCAAUAUAAGGACCAGCGCUUCACAGUCCUUGAGGCCCUGUCCGCGACGGGUUUGCGGUCCAUCCGAUAUGCAAAAGACCUCGCCCAUGUGGAAACCAUAGUGGCCAACGAUAUCUUACCAGAUGCUGUUGAGGCUAUUAGACAGAAUGUCAAACACAACAACGUGGAGGACAUCGUGGUGGCCAACGAGGGUGAUGCAAACAUUUCCAUGUACCAAGCCAUAAAAAAGCCGUACGAUGUCAUCGAUUUGGAUCCAUAUGGUUCCGCUGCCCCUUUUCUCGACGCUGCUGUACAAGCGGUCUCUGAAGGAGGUUUGCUGUGCAUUACUUGUACGGAUCUGGCAGUUCUGGCUGGGAAUCAACCCGACGCCUGUUGGGCCAAAUACGGAGGAAUGCCGUUGCCAAAUUCACCGUAUUGUCAUGAAUUGGCUCUGCGAUUGCUCUUACAUACUGUGCAAACAUCAGCAGCUCGCUAUAAGCGCUGCAUAGAACCUCUCCUUAGCUUGAGCAUUGACUUCUACGUUCGCAUUUUCGUUCGCGUAUACACAUCGCCGGCCCUUGUAAAGAAAGCUGCAGGCAAAACUUCGAUGGUUUACCAUUGCUCAGGCUGUAGAUCCUUUGUGCUACAGCCUAUAGGCAAGUCGCCUCAAAAUGGUGAUGGGAAGAAAGUGGGUGCUGCCUGUGGGCCCAAUGUUGGAUUUACAUGUGAGCACUGCGGGCGGCGAUUUCACAUCGGUGGACCUUUCUACAGCGCGCCGAUCCACAACCAAGAAUUCAUCAAACGAAUGUUAAGGCAUGUGACAGAUGCGCCACAAGAAAAGUAUAAAACAAAGUCGAGAAUGAUUGGAAUGCUCACGGUCGCUUCAGAGGAGCUGCCAAUACCAUUUUUCUACGAUAUAGCCUCUUUGGUCGCUACUACGAAGUCCAUGCCUCUUCCUCUAUUGAAAUUCACAUCGGCUCUGCUAAACAUGGGUUACAAAGUGUCGUUAACUCACGCUGCUCAGAAUUGCGUCAAAACGAAUGCCCCAGGAUGGGCGGUAUGGGAUGUGAUAAGAAAACACGUGCAAGAACAGCCAGUCAAGGAGCGACCUGCUGACACUCCUGGUUCCAAUAUCCUGGCAAAGCCGUUAAAGAAUGAAGUGUCUUGGGAGCAUCAUCCACAAGCAAACCCAUGCUCCAGAAAAAUGAAACUUGUUCGAUAUCAGGAAAACCCGACUGCAUACUGGGGCCCAAUGGAGCGUGCAGGCAGCAAGAAAACACAAGAAGUUAAUGGCGGGAAUAAGAAGCGCUCCCGUGAUAUAGAUCAAUUCGGAACCGAUCAGCAACCGAAUGAACAAACUGCUGACGACAGCGCUAUCAAGAAGCUGCGGACUACUUGAGGAGUCGCUGCUUGACUUCGACCGUGUUUUACGUGGUCUUAUUUAUUUGAACACAUUCAUGUGCAUGCGGCAUACACACAUAAUACAUACGUCAUUGGUGCCCCGUCGCCAACCAUACA